UUCGUCGUGAUCAUUACAGCUGAUAAUUUUUGACCGUGGUAUGCCAGUUUCCUCGGCCAUGGACGGACCUCCCUCGUUUUCCGUUGCCGAGGAUGGAGACGGAAGACAUUUCAGCGAGAUCUAUGCUCGUCAGUUGAUCUCCAAGAUAAGCAGAGAGGAGCUUGAAGACAAAUAUUUGAGGCUUCAGGAGGACAAUCAGGAGUUAAAGAAAUAUGCAAGGAAGCAGGAGGAGAAGAUCAAAAAGAUGGCAACUAAGCUGUUGCGAUUGGUGCAUGACAAGAAAAGGGAAGCCACAGAUGGAGUGUCUGCUGUAAACAAUGUGGAUACAAGAGAGAAAAUUGCAGAUCUGGAAGCUAAAAUUGUAGAUUUAGAAAAGCAGAAUGUUGGAUUGAAAAAUAAGCUUACGGUUGCCAAGCAACAACUACAGACCCAAGGGAAGCGUGCCACACCUUAUGAUCAUGUGAAACCUCGUGUUCAAACAGGUAUUCAUGCCAGAACACCAUCAGGAAACCAACUGAAGAAAGAUUUAAGAGUUCAAGGCCAUGAUAUGAAGUUAGUAAUUCUACGCUGUGCCAUUCAAUACAGGACAAUACAAAAAGGCUGUUGGUCAGGGCAGGACUCCGAGUUCGAAGAAAUGGAUAGCACGGUAGAACUGGAGCGAGGUCAAAACAUCUUCGAAAUUCACAUUGAUAAGGUUAUAUUGUCUCAGGAAGCCAUGAAAGAGUUUGAAGAUGAUGAACCGGUGACGUUUGUGACGUAUGAGUUUUUUGAACAUGAGCUUCAGACGACGCCCGUUGUUAAGGGGACCAGACCCGAAUUCAAUUUUACCUCACAGUAUCUUGUGAGAGUCGAUGAUUUCUUUCUUCAUUUCUUACAAAAGGAAUCCACGUUGAUAGAAAUCCAUCGAGCAUUUGGAACGGACUACAAGACUGUGGCAGCUUGUCAGCUGAAGUUUAGAGACCUGCUUGAAAAACCUCACGGCAGAGUUCACGGCACUGCCACGCUAAUUGGCACUAGGCCCCCAUGCCAAGGCAUCGAGUUCGCGACCUUGGAAUACUGGGUCAGACUAAGAGUUCCCAUGGACCAAGCAAUCAGAUUGUAUAGAGAGCGUACCAAAGCACUUGGUUAUAUGAACUCUGGAGCAUAUAAAGCCCUUGAAGACGCCGGUCACGUGCCAGACAAACCGCCCUCGGACGUCAAUGAGCUCGACAUUCAUGUCGUCAGAUGCAAUGCAGUUCAGCCGAGGAGACCAGGAAUACAGCCCUGUCCGUACGCGGUGUAUCGUUUCUUUGACUUUGCUGAUCAUGACACAGAUAUUGUGCAGAGCACCAACACGCCUGAGUUUAAUGAUGUCAAGACAUUUCCUGUCCCCAUGACAACUGAGCUUGACACUUACCUCAGAGCUGCGGCGCUGGAGAUCUAUGUAUUUGAUGACGCAGAUCCCGAACCUACGGUGUACUUGGGACUGGCUAAAGUACCAUUGAUAACAUUAGCUAACGACAAACCAGUCAAGGGAACGUUUGAACUUAGGAAACCCUCGGGAGGUGUAAACGGAACAAUUGAUGUUUACCUGAAAUGGAGAUAUACGUAUCUUCCGGCCAGUGCCAAGCCCCGCGCGGCACCUCAGCGUGUGAUGCGUAUACCUGAUGAUAACGAGCCGUUCAGCUCUGACAGUGAAACUGCAUUUAAACCUGUCGUCAAAUCACCUAAAAAGGGAGGAAAACCUCUGACAGUGAACCUGCAUUCUGACAGUGAACCUGAAUUCAAACCUGUCGUCAAAUCACCUAACAAAAGAGGAAAACCUCCAUCUCCGGUUGACUCGUCCACCCCUAAACAGGAACAACGUGAGGAAAAAGUGGCCAGACGAGAGUCGGCUCAGCUGCAACGAAAGCCGUCGGAUCAAAAAGAGAAAAGUGAAGCUAGAGUAGAAAAGGAGAUAAAAGAAAAGCUACUUGAGUCCAUGUCAGUUGAUGAGUUAGUUGAGGCGACGGCACAGAAACCUCAGCCUGCCCCGCGCACGCGCAAAGUGGAGCCUGAGAAACCCGUGGAGGAGAUGUCUAUUGAUGAGAUGGCUAAGGUGGUCGAAGAAACGAGAGAGGAGCCUGGGAACAAUGUGAAAUCUACGGGAGAAAUCAGUGAGACCUCUGAAGAUGAACAGAAUGAUAAAGCUCUUGUAGCAGAGGAAAUGAGGCGAACAACUGAAGCAGAAGCGAGCGAGGACACCAUGUUUGAGGAGCGGCAUUCUGAAUCCGAUUUCGAUUCGACACUUGGUGAGGAGGUGGACAUACCCCUUCCUGCGGCGGAGUCCGGGGAAGAGCUGGACGAGGAAGGAGAGGAAAAUGAGGAGGAGAUUGAUGAGGAAGUUGAGGAGGAUGAGGAGCAGGAUGAGGAAGAUGUAGGCCAGGAGGAAAGUAAGGAGAAACAGGAGAAGGAAGAUGAUGCUGUGGAGAGUGGAACUGAAACAAGUGAAAAUGAAGUGGUGGUCUCUCCGAGGCAUUCUCGAGCAAAAUCUGUGGUCAAUCCUACUUCUACCGUUGUUAUUCAAGUUACCAGUCUUACCCUAGACUCAGAGGCACCGAUCUUACAAGACCCGAACGUCAAACAACUCUUUGUAGCUUACAAGUUCCUGGACUACGAACCCGCUGAUCUGGAAACGCCAAUUUCAUUACCAAAGCCCGCACCGUACAGACCGAUAUACUAUAACUUCAAGAAAGUUUUUUAUGUGGAUGAAGAAAAAAAUGAGGGAAAGAGAAAUUACUUGAUCUACAUGCUGUCCAACGAUCCUAAACUCGUGUUCACUGUGGUUAGUGACCCACCUGACGAUGAUGACGAAGGGGACUGUGUUGACGUAGCUUAUGCGUCCGUGGAUUUUCAGGAGAUUUUAUAUGAAGGGGAUGUCAUUGACAAGGAUUUAGCUCUUUAUGACACUGAAAGUCAUUCCGAGAUCGGAACACUCACUGUCUCUGUGGAAGCAACAGAAGCUCUACGAGACUUGUACAAGGAUCAGUGAAUCCUCGAAAGAAUCUCCAUAAAUUCUUAACCAGGAACUUUCCGCCAAGGAUGAAAAUUUUGCAUUAAUUUAUUUUACAAGCUAGCGAUUUUUAUUGUAUUGAAGGAAAAAAAAUUGCGGUUCUAGAUAUCUUGAAUUUCUACAAGGAGCUAAUAAUUUUUUGCAAUUUUUGUUCAAUAAGUAGGAGAUAAACAAGGCGAAAAUCGUAAUAACUUUUUUUCUAGCUUUUUGAGUUAUGCGAGGGAUAAUUGCUCGGUGGAUGACUCUUGGAGGUAUAUCUGGAGUAAGUCUGAAUACCAAGAACACGAAUUCACACUCGACCCGCCUGCCGAGUCUCUUAACUGUAGGAAUGUGAUUUUUGCGACGAUUCACUGCGUGUGAUUUUUUUUUCCAGUAGAAACUUAUUUUUGCUGAUGGAGGCUGUUCGAAAAUAAAAACCCGCAAGAUUAUAUUCUCUACAGUAAACACAAAACUAUCCAUGCAUGUUCACGCUAGAUAACGAACAGAAGUUGAGAUUCUUGGGAAAAUUACAGCAGAGACUGGAAUAUUUUUAUCAAAAGGGUGUAUUAAGUGCCGCAUUUUGUAAGUCUUUGUAAAAACUGUACUCUUGUAAUUAGAUUUAAAUAGGCUGUUGAAGUUAUUUAUUGAAAGUCUUAUUUUAAAAAGAGAAUAAAGCGUGUCUUAAAAAUUUUCCAUGGUAA